AUGGUUCAUUUCAUAUCUUUGUGGAGCUUGGUACUUGUGACCAUGAGCUCGCUUAUGGGAGCGGUUCAAAGCAAGGAAGUUGUAUGUUACUACGGGACAUGGGCUUCUUAUCGGGUGGGCAACGGAAAGUUCACCGUAGAUGAUAUCAACCCAUUGCUUUGCACCCAGCUAAAUUAUGCCUUCUUCGACAUCAAUUCGAAUGGUACGAUUAGGAUAAUGGAUGAAUAUCUGGGCCUACCGUCCGGUCUCAACGCGAUCGGAAAGUUUAAUAAUCUGAGGCAGAAAAAUCCCGCUCUAAAGACAUUUGCCGCCAUCGGUGGGUGGGAUGCAGGAACAGCUAACUUUAAGGCGGUAGCCAGCGAUUCCCAGCGGCGUGCCACGUUCGCGAGAAACGCCGUAGCGUUCCUGCAGCAAUAUCGGUUCGACGGUAUGGACAUAGAUUGGGAAUUUCCCGAUGCCGUCGACAAGGCAAACUUUGUGCUGUUUCUCCAGGAACUUGCUAAAGCUUUCGCACCGUACAACUAUCUGCUAACGGUAGCGGUGGGGGCUACAGAGUGGAGAGCUAACGAAUCGUACGACAUUCCUGCUAUCUCGCGCAUUGUCAACUACAUAAACUUGAUGGCGUACGACAUGGAUGGCAACUACGGUGUCACUAGACAUCAUGCCGCAAUCUUCCAAGGACCAGGAUCAAUUGAUGAUACGGAUUUCAAGCGGCAGCUCAAUGUGGAUGCUGUCAUAAGGUAUUGGCUGAGCAAGGGUGCAUCGGCAAACAAGUUGAAUUUAGGCGUUCCUUUCUAUGGACAUACAUUUAAAUUGGCCAAUCCUGGGGUGGACGGUGUCGGUGCGCCUACUAGUGGUGUUGGUAGUGGCGUCAUGGCAUACAACGAAUUUUGUGUAUCCUCAUUUCCUCGGAAGCAGUUCGACUCGGUACAGGGAGCAGCUUUCGCUUCCGGCAACGGAGAGUGGGUCAGCUAUGAUUCAGUGGAAAGCAUCAAGCAAAAGUGCAACCUGAUUGCCAAGUAUGGACUUGGUGGAGGAAUGGUAUGGUCUAUCGAACAGGAUGACUUCAAGGGCUUAUGUGGUGGUCCCAAGUUUACGUUACUGAGCACCUUAAAUGGAUGUGUAAACACUGAUGGUCCUGCAUCCGUUACCACUACCAGUGCAACUACUCAAGUAACCACAACGACCACAACAACGACUACUGCCAAACCAGCUACAACGAAGACUACUCCCACACCGACCACAACAAUAGCUACUAAACCAACCACAAUAACAACUACCAAAGCUGUAACUUCAGUCUCUGGUUCUUUCGUUUGCACACGGGAUGGUUACUUCCGGGAUUCAUAUGAUUGCAACAAGUAUUACCGAUGUUACGCUGGUACCAAAUAUACCUUCAACUGCCCUUCCGGACUGUACUUCAAUGAACCAGCGAUCACCUGUGACUGGCCUUCUAAUGUGAAAUGUUAA